AUGCUUACAUCUGCAAGCACCAAAGUCAUUGAAGAAUCCACCAAGGCUACUCAAGCCUCAAACAAUAAAUUUUUUGAACAUAUGGACAAGGUUCUACUAUUACAAACCGAAGUAAAAGAAUUCAUGGCCAAUUUUAGGACCUCUUCGGACAAGAGCACAGAAUUUAUGAAUAAGGUUAUUAAAGGUUUUAGUUCUUUGAAACAUGAGAAAAAAGCUCCUUCAAAAAUUCAAGCUGAUAUCAAGCUUGACAACGUCGACCUGAACUCAACUAUCACCACCCAGCUUGAUAUAUUAAAGGUUCACUUGGCAGCAGAAAAUAAAAUAAUGGUUGUCUUAGCGGAGCAAACUCAAAAAGCAAAAGCUUUAACUAAAAAAUUGAAGAAUGCUAAAUCUAAGGUCGCUAGGCUACAAUAG